GCGCCCCCGUUUGCAUCUCUUGUCUGCACUCAACGAUUCGAGAGAAAAAGGGUAAAUGACUGCACGAAGAAACACUAACCCUUCGUCAAAUCGGAUCAAUACAAAUCCGAUCAAGGGCAGACCUAGAAGGAAGACCAUAGACUCUGAACUUCGAUCACCACCAUCGCACUCGGCUCAAUACGAGAUGAAUGAUGAAGGGAACGUUCAGGUCCAGUACUACGACAAGCAGAAGCGGGAACAAGAGCAGCAGCAAUCGAUGAAUGAUGGCGACGAUGUUGGAAAUGAGUAUGAUGAAGAAGAGGACGAAGAAUUCGAGGAUGAAGAUCAAUCUGGAAACGUAGAUGUUCACGGAGGAGAAGCUGAUGGAUGUGAAAGCAAGGGUGACAACGAGCGACCUAAGCUAGCAGAUGAUGUGCGGAGGAGAAGGAUAUCGAAGGUGAACGAGAAGGUUCCUGAUGCCACACCUACUACAAUCGACACCGGAGCUGGAUUUCCUGCAAUUCCCUUUGACUUCUCAUCUAUGGCUGCCCUACUUGAUGAUCCUUCAAUGUCUCAGAUGUUGAGAAUUUAUAAUCUUUUAAACUUGUUAAAUGUUGAGAGUGCAUCUAAUCCACAUCAUAAGAAACAAAUUGAAGAAAAGAUGGCUAGCAUGAAAGAGGAUCCUUCCUUGAAACAUAUCUUGGAAGAUAUUGAAACUGGUGGUCUAACUGCAAUGAUGAGAAAUGAAAGUAAGAUGCUAUAA